AUGUGCUCAAACUCUCGUCUUGAAGCUUUCCACCGCAUUGGUCUGCUUUACGCGAAGAGAUCCAUGAACAAAGUCGAAGGAUUGAAAGACUUGGUCUGCGAUGAAUGCCAAUUUGCUGCAAGAGAACUGAAGACGAUUGUUGAAGAUAAGGAAAAGCAACAAGCGAUUCGUGAUUUCUUCUCACAAAACAUCUGCAAGCAUAUGUCCCGUUACCAGGGAAUGUGCGACAUGCUUGUUGAGCAGUUCCUUCCAGAAAUGUUCCAAGAACUUGAGACAAUACUGAAUGAUCCAAAGAAGGCUUGUGCAGACAUCGGUUUCUGCCCACGAAUGGGUGCACCAAGGAAAAUGACUCUUCCACAUGUCGAGACACCUAUCCAUCCAGCUUACGCAUUCUUUGAAGCAGCCAAGACGAUACCCACUCCAACUGGAAGUGUUCUUAUGGGCUGUUUUGACUGCAAAGUGGCUGUUGAAGAGACUAUCGAAGGAUUAAUUGCGGAUAGGGUUAGUUAA